ACCCUUCGGAACCUACCGGCUGUCUUUGGCGGUGAGGGCGAGCCAGUGAACAACUCCUCGGCGGCCUAGGCUAGCGACUGCCUUCGAGUCCGACACGGUCGAGCGAGCAGUGCACGAUGGCCAAGAAGAAAAGCAGGGCGCCCGGCCGACAUCAUGCCUUCUACGUGGCCGUCAUGGUCACAGGAUGGCUCCUUCCACCUCUGGCAGUCCUCAUGAGGUUCGGCUUCGGCAAGGAUUUCGGCAUCAAUCUCAUCUUGACCAUCGCCGGCUACAUUCCCGGUCACUUUCAUAACUUUCUCAUUCAAAACUGUCGAGACAAUCGCAAGCGAGGCAGAACACCCAAAUGGGCUCUGCGGUACGGACUCGUCAAAGAUCACGACAAGGAAAAGAAAGCCAAGUCGGAUUGGGCGAACCGGUUCGACGAGCGGACGACGACGAAUCGCUACGAUGGCGACGAGCUCGCAGAAGACGAAUGGGGCAAUCCCAUCGCAGCAGACAGUCGGACGAAUGCGAGUGCAAGCAAGCCCUCGAAGAAGCGCAAUGGCGGCGGCUGGGUUGCAGAGGCCGAACGCGCAAGAUCUGCCAAAGCGACCCAUGCCACCGUCACCGAUGGUCCCAACGGUCUCUCGGGACCCAACGCGCGCGAUCUGGAACGCGUGGAGUCAGAUGACGAUGCCUCUCUUGCACCUGCAGAGCGAGAAGAGUUCUACAGCUCGACCGGACGAAGGAGAUCGAGGAGCAAUUCGAUCAGCGCCGGUUCCAUGCACGAUCCCCGUAAUAGCAGAGUCCAAGAUCUUCUGCCAGGCGAGGGUGACAGACAGGCGAGAAAUGCCAAGGGCCGGAAGAGAGGAUUCGUCAGGAAUCUCGUCACCGGCUCCUCGGGCACAAAGAAAGGGCAAAGUCACGCCGACCUCGAUGCCGGCGGUCCUCGUUUCGAUACGGAAGAGGACGACAGUACGAACCAUCGGGAUGCGAGUAACUACGGUCUCGGUCAGGGCAUUGAUGAGGUCGCCUCAGCUCUCGCGCCUUCGCAUGCCAGCAGAAGCUCUACGCCCCGUCGAUCGGGUGCCAACGACCUCGACCACCAAUUCUGAGCGUGUCCGUUGCCAUUCUGUCUUAUGUAUUGUAUAGCACCUUACAACAUCUUGCCGAACCCAUCACAUCACCGGGACAGGGGGGUAUGCAUGAGCGUCAGAAGAGCGUGUCUUCGUCCCUCAGAUACUCGCCCACGUCUGCCUGAUUGAAGACGAUGAUGGACGUCGGAUCUAGCUUCCGUGUAUCCACCGUCGACCGCGCGGUUACGCCGAAGCCCUGUGCUCUGCCCGUCAGCUGAUCUUUGGAGUGGAUGCACAUGACAGGCGGACCAGCGGUACAUCUGCCAUACUGUAGAUGACGACGCCUUGGUGCUCAGGCGUGUCCUCUGUGAUUCUG